CAUGUAAAGACAAGUGACAAGUAGUGAAGCAAACUUGGAAACUUGUAACCUUUUUGUUUUGUUGUCACUUUUUUUAUAAAUAUAUUUUUUUUAAUUAUUUUAUAAGACAUGGAUCAGGAUAACAAACCAAAAGUCGAUCCAGGAUGGAAUGAUCCACCAAUGUUAAAUUACAAUCCUUCUAAUCCACCUCCAAAAUCAAGAAUAGGAAAUAAAAGAGUAGCUUUCCCUUUAAAUGGAACUAUUAGCCCUGCCUCAGCAACCCCAGAAUUACAUCCUUCAGCACCUCCUUUACCUGUGCCUGAUUUUACAAAUGAACACACAAAAGAACAUUUAGAGAAGUUAUUUUCUUCAGACAAGUCGAGGAAAAAUUUCCAUCAAAUUUGGGAUAGUGACUUACCUGACGAAUUUAAAAAAUCACUUAGAUUGAUGGCAGAAUGUUUGGUAAAAAAUAAUAGACUUGGUGCUGAAAUUCACAAACAAGAACUUUUAACAGUACACAAAAAACUGUGUGAAAAUUGGUUAAAAGAUGUUAAAUUCUGAUGUGUUGUGAAUAAAAAUUAUGUUUUAUUUUUUGUAACGUUAUUUAUUUGUGCUUUUUUUGUUUUACAAUAUAUAAUAGUCAGUAUGAACAAUAUUGUGCCCUUUUUUUGUUAGGAAAAGAAGCAUUGCUGGUGUUUUCAGUUGCACUAGUAAGUAAACCUAAUUAAAAAAUGAUAUGCUGAUGUAAUGUAGGCAAAUUAGUAUAUUCUUAAAAAUUAGUUAUGUAUAUAGCAGGUUCAUAAAUGUCAUGUUAAUAUUGAUACAAGUAACUCAUUGGCCUAUUAAUAUUGCUAACACUUUUGACGAUUUUGAUUGAUUAAAACUGCAAGUUUUUUUGUAGUACUAAGAGGACAAUUUAAAACCUGAUUAGAUUAAAAUUAAGUCCAAAGGCAUCACUGAAGACAAUCUUUAAAAAACUAACAAGAAAAAGCCAUUUAGAGCACACGUUAAUAUGAAAUUUAAGUAAUAAAAAAGGCCAAGGAAUCAUUUCAUUAUAGACACCACAUUUAGGAACACCCUGCAUAUAUAUAUAUAUAUAUUUACAGGAUACAUGUGUAAGUAAAUAUGUUAACUUAAAAUGUGUUAUGUAGGCUAAUUUAUUAUUAUUUUUUUUUUUUUUCAGUAUUACUAUGAAUGAAAUGAGAAUAAAUAUGGAUAAGUCAUUCAUACAUUUUUCUAAUGCAAUAGCUUUGUAUAGUAUUUUAUUUUAAUGAUUUGCUUUAUACAGAAAGCUAAACUAUUUAGGCUGGUUCUGUUCAGUUAUUAUUAUUUUUAUUUUGUUUGGAUCUAGGGAAUGUGUUUUAUCUUAGUUUCCAAAAUGUGAUGAUUACUAUUUAUGAAAUAUUGCUAAUAAAAAGUAUUUUUUAUUCAUAUAAAAUAUGGCAGUUAAAACUAUUGUUAAAAUAAGUUAGUAGUCUAGAUUUAACAAUGUGCUACUUUUUUUCAAAAGCUACAAUUAAGGAACCCAAGUGCUUACUUACAAUAAGAAUUUUUACAGUCUUGGAUUUUUGGAGAUAAAGUUUUAAAGUAUAUUUAUAAUUAUUACAAUUUAUUUACAGAAAAGCUCAAUCCACUGGACAUAAUAUUUGCAAUGGCAAGACGAAUUUGUGUUUCUUGAGAUCAAGUAGCUUGAACUUAAUGUAUGUAUUGAGAAUAUUCUCAUGACUAAUAAAUAUUUGAGAAAAAUAUUGGAAAAAACUGGUUUAUCAUAUUUUCAUGUUCAAUUCAAUCUUUUUUAAAGCCAUUAUUUCAAUAUUUAGUAAAAAAUUAACAUAUGAGCUUUAGUUUUCUAAAUUCAUUUGUGAGGUUUGGGAAAUUUGUAAAAUAUAUAUACUUAAGUACUUUUUUUAAAUAAAUAAGCAAUGAUUUCUUAAUUGAGCCGAAUACAAAAGGAUAGUAGACUACUAAAAUUAGGCAGCUAGUUUCAAGCUUAUAAUAAGAUAAACAAUUUAUAAUUUUUUCUCUAUAUAGCAACAAAAAAUAAUUAUAUUAUCAUAAAUUACAAAUUUGUGGUUUUUAUUGUAGUUUUACUAGAGUCUAUGGAAUUUAAUGUCUUGCAAACAACUGUUUGCUGAGUUAUAAUAUUGGAUAUACAUAAUUUACCAAAUUGCCCAAAUAUAUGUUUGCAAAAUUAAUAUAACACUACAUAACUAUAAUUUUGAGCAUAUAGGUUUCUAGAUUAUCUUAUUUCAUAUAGGCAUAUAUUAUUGCUUUAAACAUCUUCAAUGAAGUUUGUUUUUAUAUUAUUUUCAAACAGUAACUCAUAUUGUUUUAUGACAAAUAUAACAAGCUGUUAUAUAAAUAUUCAAAAAUCUCUAUAAAAAAAAAUUGUCACAGAACUAUAAACCACAGGGUUUUCAGUUCGCGUUUGCCCACUGUAUAGGAAACUAUAUAUAUGAGGUACUUUUAUCACAUUUCUGGUUCACAGUUCUGCAAUUAAAUUAAUUUGUCUUAAAGUCAUCAAGUUUAAAGCUUUUUUUAAAACACACCAACAUUAGAGUGACCAUUUUUAUUGUUGUCCUAAUUGUUUUAAAUUAUACUCAAUUGUUCAUGUACUCUAUAAUACUUACUAAAAUUCAAGAAUGUGAGAAAAAUUUUAAAUUAUGGUGGAAUUUCAAAAUUAUUAAUUUAAAGACAUAUCAUGUGUAAUAAAAGGGCAACAGCGAUGUGUUAAGGAAUUUUGAAAAACUUUCAAAAGUAAAAUUAAACAAUUUCCUUUUAUGAAAUUAAGAAAAGUAGGUAUUAAUUAAUAGACAAGAAAGACAUUUAACAUAUUAUUUUUUGUAACAAUUUAGUAUCACAUACUAUUUAGAAUCUUUAUUAAGAAAGGUGCACUUGUGUGUAUGUGUGUCCUUUAAAAUUAAGUAAAUCUAGAAGCUGUUAGAUAAAACAAUUAUAAGAAUCGCUUCUAGACUGUUUCAAUUGCCAUUCAACCCGAUAGAAUAAGAAACGUAGUUUUUAUGUUCAUUUUUAUAAAUUAUUCAACAUUGUUUUUUAAGAAAAAAUAUUUUAUCCAUCACUAAAAUGUAUGUAAUUUAAACCAGUAUUUUUUACUUUAAAUUUUGUCUAAUAUUCCUUUUAAUAAAUUUUGGAAACUGCAAAAGAACAUCUAAUUUUUACUAAUUCGCAUUAUGCAGUCAUUCAACCUAAGUUAGUUUAAAAAUAAGAUUUUCAUGUGUUAUUUCACACUUUUCGAAUUCUCUCAGGUUGAAAAUCAACAGGUCUGGUAUACCUUAGUGUGCACAUUGGUGUUGUGAAAACGUUUAAUAUCUUAAUGGACCACAGUUGAGGCAAAACAGUUUUAGUACUCUACAAAAAUAUAAAAGAAAUAUGUACAAUCUAAUAAUGGAAAACUAUAAAAAAAACUACUUCAUCAGACGAUGACACUGCGCCUGUUUGUUUUCUGAUCAGGCGCGUAUUGUUCGAGGUCCUCUGGCUGGGUGUUCAAUGCCGAAUAGUCAAUGGGAAACAUUAUUGUUGAUAAUGUUGUUACAGGAGCGCCUAGAAGGUAAUGGCCUGGUCCAUUCGGAUUUCUUCCAAGUAGAUAGUUCGCGAAACAUAGUCUAUACGAUUUAUAGUGCAAGGGAUGGUCGCCAUUCUAAAAUUAAAUGGCUUAUAUUUAACUGUCUACCACAGUUUUCCUAUAAAUGUUCACCAAAUUUUGGACAUUAUAUACAAUGUGGUUCAAAAAUAAGGGUACCUUUUUCAAAACAAUAUUAAGGGAGGCACAACCCUCUAAAGGAUUGCAAAGAGUAAACAUGGGCAGAAAAAUAUGUUGACCAUUAUUAAACACACACUAUUCUUUUCUUAAAACAGACAUGUCUAUUCCAUUUAUGAAAAAAACAAGUCCAUAUUCAAAUAAUAAAUUCCAAAUAAUAAAAGUGAAAACAACCAGUUAAAUAAUGAGUUAAAAAUCCAAUGGAAAUUAAUCUCUUAAAGAUAUUCUUUAGCAAAUCAUAUGUAGUCCUUCAGAAGCUAAAUUGUGGUCAAACAGUUGAGAGUUAUACCCGCUUUUGAUUAGCAUCAAGAAUAGAAAGAUAUGUCUAAAAAAAUUUCUCUUAAAAUAUUGUAUAAACUUGUUUUUGUGAUAAUAUUUGAAAUUCGUUACAAAAGAUAUAAAAUUAUACUCAUAUCAAUAAAUAUUGACCUUUUAAUUUUAGAAACCAUGAAUUACAAUAUAUUAUACAAAAAAAAAACUUACCGAAGUCAUUGCUUGAUAGGCAUGAUCGAGUAUUUGUCCUACUUUCACAGCAUCUAGACCAAGUACAGAAGAAUAGAAUGAGCUUAGUUCGUCUCUAGUUAUUACCCCAGUCGCUGAAAAUUUAAACUUUGGGGAUAAAACAUUCCACCAACUGCAAAUAGCAAUCAAAAGACCUUUUUUACAAGUUUCUUAGAAUCAGAAUAUGAGUUAAUAAUAAUAAUAAUAAAUGGCCUUUAUUUGUACAUACCAAAAAUACAAAAAAUAUGUAGAAAUGUACAUUUGCCUGGGCGAGAUUUAGCCUAAGGCUAUUCUUAGAAAUGUAAAUGAUAUCAAAAGUUGAUGUCCAUAUACAUAGAGUAUAAGGUAUAUAAAUUAUUAAGAAAUUAUCCUUCUUGAUGCAUUUCUAAUUAAAACAAAUUACGUAUUUGUCUGCACUGCCUAUAUUUCCCAAUAACUGUACAAUUUCGAGUACCAAUAUGUGUAGAAGGCUAAAACGUAUUUUUGGGGUAUAUCACACACCAUCUGCUUUGGCUUUUUCAAGAGCGAAAAUAAAAUGAAAAUAUUUUUUGUGAUAAAUAACAGAAUUAUUUACAACUUUAAUAUCUUUAUCUAUUAUUUUAUCAAAUAAUCCACUAAAUUACUGCCAAUAGCAAGCUUUGAAUAAGUUUAAAAUUUGCCACAAAAUAUCUAUCAACUAAAUGGUUUAUUUUUUUUAUAUACACUCACCACUCCUAUUUAUAACUUGGAAGAGAACUUUAACAAAAAAUUGAAGCCAAAUAGGAAAAUCAGAUAGAUUUUUAGCUCCAUCCAGUAAUUCACCCCAUUUGUGCAACCAUCCAUCCUUUGUAAUAUACGUCAAAUUAUUGACUGUGAAACCUAUAGAAAAACUAUAUUAGAUGAUAAACAUACCUAAUAUAUUGUUUUCUUACAAACUGGUUUCUUUUACAUAUCAAUCUUUUUCUAAUAAAAAGAAUGGUUUUAUAUAUAUGUGGUUGUGGUUUGUUAUCCAGUUUGAUGUAGUACAAAGACCUACCUAAUUUUUCAUGUGAUAUGUUAGUUAAAAACGUUUCAAUGAACCCUCGUUCUAUCUCUCGAAGUAUAUUAAAUUCUGAAGAUGUCAAAGACCAGUCUGCAAAAUGUCGCAAUCUCUAUCCAAAGCGAAAGCAUGAAAGGGAUACACAAAUUAAAUCUAAACUAAUCAACUGUAGUACCUGUAGAGUAUUUUAUGAUAAUUAGGUUUACCUCCAUUAAAUGUUCAAAAUCAUCUUCACUAAUAAGAUUGUCCUGAUCGUGGUCUAAUAGACAUGUAAAAAAAUGUGAGAAUUUGUUGCUUUGUGUAAGACUUAGCUGAUAUCCAUUGUUGUCCUCUGAGUUUUCACCAGAAUCGACGCUAAAUCGGUCUACCCAAGUGGCUGCAAAUAAUUAUUUAUAUACUAAAGAGCAAACCUCCAAAUUGCACAUAUUAAAGUUAGGGGAUUAAAAAUUAUACAUAAAAUGCAGGCUUAUUAUUAUUCCACUUAAGCAAACAAGACAUCACAUGCUUCUAACCACAACAUUGAUCUAGGUGAAGGUCAGUAGAAAGGAUCUGAACAAAGAUAAUGCCAAUCCAAUAUUAUUAAACACCUGUGCAGCUUCCAAAUCGACAUCACCAAUUUUAUAUACAGAUCUAUAAAAGCUCAAAACAUUGCACACGUUUGAUUGUGGAAAAUUGAAAUCACACCAAUUAAUAAUUUCGUGUUGCAAUUUAUUUUAGGUAAAGGUGUCAAUUGGCAUACAGAAUACUGAGAAUCUUGGAAGCAAUUAAUAAAAAUAGAUUGGGCUAAUGAAUGUGAUAUCGCUGGUGAACUCCAAAAGAUAUUUUUCUUGACAAAGUGCAAUGACUAUGAUUAGUAAGGAUAAGACAUUCCACCACCUGCAGGUAGCAUGGUAGCAAUCAAAAGACCUUUUUUACAAGUUUCUUAGAAGCCGAAUAUGACUGUUAAAAUCCUUAGAAAUGUCAUUGUAAAUGAUGUCAAAAGUUGCUGUCCAUAUACAUACAGUAUAAGGUAUAUAAAAUGUUAAGAAAUUAUCCCUUUAAUGGUUUAUUUGUAGAAAAUUACAGACUUGGUUCUGUAUUUUUAUAACAGGUUUUUUCUUAAUAUUGGUUUGAAAAUAAUUUAAAAAUAAUAUGCCCCUAUGAUCGAUAAAUAAUAUAUUAAGGUAAGGAAUAUACCUAAUUAAUUGAAUAGUUAAGAAGAAAAAG